AUGCUACACAUGAAUUCGUUGUGGAGUUGCCUUCUUUUCGUGUUAAUAGCCGUGGCAGAUGCUGUUCAGGGACUUCAGGAGGAUUACAGUGGAUACGCUGUUUACAGGUUUAAUUCAAACAGCUACUCUACGCUGAUGAAAGAUGUAAUUGCACCUUUGACAGAAGAUUACGAUGUAUGGACAAGAAGCAAUAAGUUCAUUGAUAUUAAGUUGCCUAAAGAAAUAGGCGAGCAGAUAAAUGAUGGGCAGGUAAUCAUAGAUAACGUGAACCAAUUAAUACAAGAUACACUACCCACAGAACAUAUGAUGGCGCGUGAUCAGGCCGUUUUUGAAAAUGACUAUGAUUUUUUCUUUAACGAAUAUAGGGAUCUUGGUACCAUUUAUAUGUGGUUGGAUCUUCUAGAAAGAAGCUUUCCUAACUUGGUUAAAGUGGAACAUUUGGGCAAAACAUUCGAAGGCAGAGAGCUAAAAGCUCUGCAUAUAUCUGGAAACAAGCCAGAAUCAAACCCAGAAAAGAAGACCAUUGUUAUCACAGGUGGUAUACAUGCCAGAGAGUGGAUCAGUGUCAGUACUGUCUGUUGGGCUCUUUAUCAGUUGCUGAAUCGAUAUGGUUCGUCUAAAAAGGAAACCAAGUACCUGGAUAAUUUGGACUUUUUAGUCAUACCUGUUUUCAAUCCAGAUGGAUACGCAUACACGUGGUCUCAUGACAGAUUGUGGCGUAAGAACCGUCAAAGAACUCAUGUUCCUCAAUGCUUUGGUAUUGACAUUGACCACUCCUUUGGUUUCCAAUGGGAAAAGGCACACACUCAUGCGUGCAGUGAAGAGUAUAGUGGGGAAACGCCCUUCGAAGCUUGGGAAGCAUCUGCUUGGAACAAGUAUAUUAAUGAAACUAAGGGCGAUUACAAGAUUUAUGGUUACAUUGACAUGCAUUCGUAUUCGCAAGAGAUCCUAUAUCCCUAUGCGUACUCAUGUGAUGCUUUGCCCAGAGAUUUAGAAAAUUUGUUGGAAUUGUCGUAUGGCUUAUCCAAGGCCAUACGUUCAAAAUCAGGUAGAAAUUACGACGUAAUCUCCGCAUGCAAGGACCGUGGUUCCGAUAUAUUCCCCGGCCUCGGUGCAGGUUCUGCCUUAGACUUCAUGUACCACCACAGAGCACAUUGGGCAUUCCAAUUGAAACUGAGGGAUACAGGAAACCAUGGAUUUUUAUUGCCUCCAGAAAACAUCAAGCCAGUUGGAAAAGAAACUUAUGCGGCUCUGAAGUACUUUUGUAACUUCCUACUAGACCCAGAAAUAUAA